CGCAAACCGUUUUGCUCCAUCCAGGCAGGUACUGUUCGAGUUGCUGGUUUUGUUGAAAAAACAAUGGGAGCGAGCAGCGCUCCUCCGCCGCAGUGAGCCUCUUACAGCACCGCUGCCCUACAAGUGACUUUUUCCACAGAUAACAAAUAACCUCGGUCCUAGAAGUCAGUCCAGGGUGAAAAUGUCUGCGGUGAGAGAGGAGACCAUCGGCCCAGAAGAGAUGCGGAAAAGGCUGUAUCAGACCUUCAAAAACCGCGGCGUUUUGGACACCCUGAAGGCUCAGCUUCGUAACCAGCUCAUCCAUGAGUUGCAGCACCCGGCUCUCAAGGGAGACGUUGCGCCCAGAGCGCUCCCUUCAGAGCCCGACUCGGUCGUGGUGACCGCGUCCAACAGUUUGGUGGCGGACCACCUGCUCAAGGCAGGCUAUGAGUACACCCUUUCUGUGUUCUACCCGGAGAGCGGGAUGAGCAAGGACAAGGUGUUUUCAACACGAGAUCUUCUUCAGCUGCUUAAAAUCAGUCCCCGGUCUUCCCUCUACAAAUCCCUGACUUCAUCGGGUAUCCAGCAGGAUAACCAGAAAGGAUUUCUCAUGAGGUUGAUCUCAGAGCUCGCAGACCACCACCUGCACAGAGAGCGCGACGAUGCCGACACUCAGACUGACAGUCCUCCACAGUACAGGGAAUCUCUAGACAGAAAGAUGCAGAUGAUCGAAGAUGAGUAUGCAGCCCUUCGUCAUCAGGAGAACAAGCUGGAGUCUCUGGAGGCGAAGCUGGCCGAGUACAGGAGGGAGAUGGAAAUGCAGUUCCAAGUGGAAAUGAAUGCAAAACUUAAACAUUUUAAGGAAGUGGAACUGGCCAAGAUAAAGCUGGAGGAAAAGGAGAAAUCCCGCAAGGAGCUCUGGGAGCUAAGGCGGGACAUGGAAAGGACGUAUGAGAUGAAGUCAGAGGGCUUGAUCAACAGGGAGAAAAACGCCAUUGAGAGACUACAGAAACAGCAGGAGAUUGAAGAGAAGGAAAUAUACAUGCAGAGGCAGUCCCUGCUGAAGGAGAUUGAGACGGUUCGAAAUAGGGAGGCAGAGCUGAGGCAGAGGAUGGAAGCUUUUGAAAAGAGCUGUAAACUGCAGGAGGAGAAGACCAGGAGCACAGAGGAGCUGCUGAGGAGGAGAGAGCUGUCAGUGAAAACUUUGGAGGACACCUACGACCAGAUGCUGAAGAAUGAACUGACCAGGUAUCAAUUGGAACUAAAAGAAGAAUUCCUCAAAAGAACCAAAAAGCUUACAGAAGAUGAAAAAAGGGUCAAAGCGGAGGCUGUCCGCUUGCAGAAGGAUCUGGGCAUCGUUGAGGCCAAGGCGGAGGAGCACAGAGAGGCCUGUGCCACCGUGACUCGACUGCAGACGGAGCUGAAUGGCACAUUCUCCGAGGUCUCCUUGCUGAAGCAGCAGAAUGAGCUGCUGAAGGAACGGCUGGAGGCCAUGAGCGAAUACCCGGCCCUCAAGACCGAGAAGGUGGAGCUGCAGGCACAGCUUCGGCUCGUCAGGAGGCGGCUGGAGGAGGCGCUGGAGGAGAACCGGCAGCUCCGAGCAGAGAUGAGCAAACCGUCGAGGGAGCAGCUGGCAUUGCAGGUGGAGCUGCGCAAGGUGGAGGCGGCCAAGAAGCUUGAGGAGGAGGAGUUUGAGAGCCAGAAGCAGAUGCUUCAGGUGCAGCUGCAGAGUGAGGUGGAGCGUUGUGCCCAGCUGAAGGCCCAGCUGACGGAGUGCCAGGAGAGGGCCCAGUGGAUGACCACCCAUGCAGAGGAGAUCAAGCAGCAACUUCGCCAAACGCAGAUAGCCCUUGAGAACGAAGUUCUUCGCAACCCCAAGCCUUCACUCGUGGAUCGCUCCGUGCUCGACUUGGCCAGCGAUAGCCUUGUGCCCCCCGAUAUCUACGUGGAUGGCCCCAUCCUCAAGAGCCGGGGUGACCGCGGCAUUGAGAGGGAGGCAGGCACGACAACUCGCUUGGCCUGCCAACAGCGGGCCCGCUCCGGCUCCCCAGACUCUGACAUGGAGCUGUUGGCCAGCGCCAAGGCUCGCAUCCGGGAACUGGAGAAGGAGGCCGAGUCCGUGGAAGAAGCGUACAGGAAUUAUCAGCAGCGGGUGGCACGCGAAGCCAUUUGCGACCUCCGGGCCGCACGGAACCCGUUUCCCCGGUGGGAAAACCACACCGUCCGCUCAAGAGCCACCGCCGGGACGCAGUCCAGAGUGACAUUCGCCCCCGAUGAGCUGCGCGACCCCAGCCUUUUCUCCAGCCUGCUGAGUGCUAAGCUCCUGGAGUCACUGGAUUUCAACAAGGGAACCCCUGGGGAGCGAACCCCUCCGGAGAGCAUCUCUCCCCCACCGAGGCGCUUGUCAUCCACCCCACUGUCCAUCGCUAAAAGGCAGCUGGCCAGAGAAGUGGACGAAGAUGCUGAGGGAUCUCCGGUGACGUUCCAAGGGCUCUCGCCAAGGCAGCUCUCCCCCAUCCCCUGCAGGGAGACGACCUCCUCAGCCGGCCUGACUGUAGGCCUCAGUCCUCCGAUCAGCCCUCCCUUGAGGAGCACCGCUCAAGAGACGCAUGGCUUACCACAAGUCCAGCAGGAUCUCUCAAGUUCUGGGUCCUCCCCUCAGCCCGAGAAGAUCACGCUGGGAGAUCUCACAGAGCCGGAACGAGAGCCUGGCCGCAUUCCUGAGCUUCACCAGGACGAGGGGGACCAUCUCUCCAGCGUGGCCCCAAAAGAUCAUAGUGUCACCCCUCCGGAGGGGCCAGAUUGUUGCCCUCACCAGAAGCUGGGAGCUGACCAGUCCUCUGAGGAAGCAGCCCAGCAGCAGCAGGAGGAACAGGAGAGGAGAUGGGAGCUGGAGAGGAAGGCCAGGGAAGAGAGGAGGCGACAGGAGAGAGAGGAGGCACUGGAGAGGGAGCAGAGAGAGCUGGAGCAGUUGGAACAGGAGAGGCUUCUCAAGGAGAUGCAGCAGCCUCAGUGUGAAGAGCAGGACAGGGGAGGGCUUGAGGAAAGAAGCACGACCCAAGAGAUGAGGUCAGACCGGCGAGAGGCAAACGAGCUGCACAGGGACACGGAACAGCCCCCCAGCGCGGCAGCCCCCCACGGCAACAUGGACCCCCUGCAGCAGUACAUGAGGAUGGUAAUGCAAGGAGGUGGGGCGUCACCCCAACAGGGUUCAAAGAAGGAGGAGGCAGAAGAAAGGAGCCUGGAGGCAGAGGUCUUGUCAAAUGACAAAGAUGACAGCAUCAUUGCCUUUUCACAUGAGGAUGCUGAAGACGACUUCUGGUAAAGACAUCUGACACCCAGGACUGUGCUAGCAAGCAUUAAAUGCAGAAUUAUAUGUGUAAAAUCCCAUUUUUUUUAAACACUUGUACAUCUGUGUUUUCCAUCCAGUUUGUAAAGUAUGUAAUAAUGAGAAUCAGUAACGUCAUGUCAUUUUUCCUUUAUAUAUGUAUAAUUAUAUUCUCAGCAUAAUUACAUAAAUAUAAUGAAGAGAAUGUACAUGGUUAGUAUUAUGUAUUAGGGACAAAGUUGAACUCUGAAUAAAUGACAUAUACCAUUGUCGUUCACGACAGUGUCUAGAACAGUCUCCUUUUAACAGCUGAUGGGGUGUAAUGUGUCAUACCCUAGCCUUAUGGCAUCGUAAGUGUUGACAGAUGAAAGGCACCGUAUCUUAAUUGGAAUUCAAUUUUAUUUUCAUAAAAACACAUUUGCCAGGCUGGUUGCUUAAGCGUCCAAGGGUGUCCUAGUAUGACGAGUUUUCACUACGGUCAUUCGCGGAUUUACACAUUGUGUUUUGAAAUGCUGUAAGUGGAUUUAAGAGCUAAUGCUUUGUUGUAAGCUUUAUGUGCACUGUUCUUUACCACAUUUCCUGUUGGACCACAAUGUCUCUACACAUCAUUGGAAGGCUGAAUGUUGCCCUUCACUUGUAAAUCUAAAUUCUCUAGCAUGUCUUUUUACCUAAUGAGUCAGAUCAUACCAUACCAAAGAAAUAAAAAGUAAAAGAAAACAUUGUGGUCUAGUAGGAACUGGGAUAGCAAUGAUUUAGUUAACCAGAUGUCGAUAAGUGCCAUUUCUGUUCAGUUCAAAGUGGAAGGUACAAUGUUGUGUAGCAGUACAGUAGUUACCAACACUGAGAAAGUGACACCAGCAUCAGUUCAAACUGGUUCUUUUCUGCAGGAAGCCCUUGGCACUCAUUUAAAAAAAGUUAAAAACUGUUGUUUAAAGAUCUUUAUAAGCCCUGGACUUCAAAAAAAAA